UUAUGUACAGAUGAUUAUGGCAACGAAAAAAAAAAAAUCAAACAAACAAACGGAAUUCGCAUCUUCAUUUCUUCUCCGUGCACAAUGGAUGGGAGGACAUAUACAGUUGGUGCUUUCAAAAUGAGCUUUUUUCAUUGCCAUGUAAAAUAAAUGUUCCUUCGCCCAAAUGAGACUCAUCAAUUUUAUUUUUGUCUUCAUUUCGAUGCUUCUACUAUUGCUCCUGACAUGUACACAAGAGAUUGCAUUCAAAGACAUUGAGAGAAUUAAUGCCAU